AACCUGUCAAAAGUGUCAAAUAAAUUGCUGGCUUGUCGUCUGUUAGUGUUGAUUAAUUUUUUUGUGAAUCAUCAAUUAAAUAAAUCUAUUCGAAAUGGAUGAUUUCGGUGAUAACUUUGUGCAACCUGAAGUAGAUCCAGCAGCAGAAUUUUUAGCUCGCGAACAAAAUACGCUAGCGGGACUUGAAGGCGAUUUGGAAACUAGCGCUCCGCCCCCUAUUGUCUCAUCUACAUCCGACACCAAUGGCAUGGUGGAUGACUUCGUAGAAGUCCCUAGUGCUGCAGCAUUUGAAGCGAAUGGAUUACUAGAUGAAGAUCCUGCACCAACUGUGUUUAGACAAGAGAGGGAAGAGCCAGAGAAGAUCAGAAUAUGGAGAGAGGAACAGAAAAAGCGGCUAGAAGAGAAAGAUGCUGAAGAGGAAAGAAAGAAGGAGGAAAUGCUGAAAGUGGCUAAAAAGGAGUUGGAAGACUGGUACAAAACCCACGAGGAGCAAAUAGCCAAAACUAAGGCGGCUAAUAGGAACGCUGAGCGAGCUUUGGCACGUGGUUCGGAAGGCAACGUGGAGGACGGGAACGAGUGGGCGCGAGUCGCCGAGUUGUGCGACUUCGGACCGAGGCGCGGGCGCGACGUCGCUCGUCUGAGAUCCAUCGUGUUGCAGCUGAAGCAGUCCGGAGUCCAACCUAAGCACCCACCGCGCACUACCAAAGUAGCAUAAAUGAAGACUUUGGAAGGCAGUCGUUUCUCAGCCAUUUGUGCAAUGUCUGAAGUUAAAUCAUAAAACAAAAGAUUAUAAAUAAGCAUAUAAAAAUAUAGCCUUGUUCAAUAUUGGAAUGUACCCGCUACAUCUAUGGAAAGUUAUUUAUUAAAUUGAUUAUUUUGUAUUUAAAUAUUGUUAAAUGCCUAUUAUUAAGACUAGUUCGAAUUUUUGUUUUGUAAUUUGAACAUAGUAUUACAAUAAAUAUCAUUCCAAAAUUUUA